CCACUCCGGAUUUCACCAGCAGAGUGCUUUCAGUUUCGUUUUCUCUGAAAUGUGCAGUGGGAGUAAAGCAGAGGAGACACACCGAGACACACAGCUACAAUAACUACUCGCGUUCUAUCUACUACAGAAGUGUAAACAAAGAAACUUCUGUUCAACAUGGCCGACGAGCCAAUGGAAUUGGAAACACACAAUCAGACGUCGAUUCCGAGUCAGCUCAGAGCACAAGCUCCAGACAAACUGACCCCAAACACACAGACUCCUGUAGACAUGGACGUUGAUCAAUCCAGCGGUGGACACGAAGCACUGUCAAAUGACUCAUCUGAUGCUCCUACACAAUCUUCUGACCAGAAUCAAGAGGACUUGUACAGAGCAGUUCCAGGACGAUCAGAUUCUGUGGCUGUUGCUGCUGAUCAGAUUUCUUUAUCAAAGUCUGAGAAUUCUUCUACAGUAACUGGGGGACUUCACCAAAAUCCUCAAGACAUGGGAGCUUCAGGCCUGGACUUGUACAGAGCAGUUCCAGGACGAUCAGAUUCUGUGGCUGUUGCUGCUGAUCAGAUUUCUUUAUCAAAGUCUGAGAAUUCUUCUACAGUAACUGGAGGACUUCACCAAAAUCCUCAAGACAUGGGAGCUUCAGGCCUGGAUUUGUACAGCGAUCCCUCUGCAUCUUCAGCCACUUCUCAGGCUCUGAAUGGAUCUGAUGAGGAAGCACAAAAUCCUGCUGCUGUUGCUGAAGUUGUUAAACAGGUAACGGCAGAUAAGAAUGAGAUUUUACCUUCAGCUCCUCGGGACGUUGCUAAGUUUUCUGUGAAAGUGGACUGGUCAGGAGACCUACCUGAUAAAUGGAGAAAACAUCUGCAAAUAGCUCUUCAGACCUGGUGUAACUCUGAUCUAACAGGGAAUUGCAGUAUUGAUGUAGUUCACCUUUCACAAGAUGGCCACAAUGCAGAGGUGGAGGUAACGCCAUCAAGUGCUUUAAAGGACAUACAAACUGCCACUUUAACAUUCAAGCAGCUGAAGAAAGAAGCCAAAGUCUACUUUCAGAAAGGUGAACUGAUGCCUGAGGGUAAAUCUUCCACUCUGAAGGAGAACAGGAACGUGACUGCUGCUGCGACACAGGAAACAAUUGCAGAUGCAGGAGCUUCUUCUAUUGUCCAAAGACACAAGGAGAAUCCCGGAGCUUCUGGUGCUUUUACUGUCCCUCCAUUUUUAUACAUCUACCUGAUUCAAGCUUACAAGAAGGAGGUGGAAAAUAUAGAGAAUGAGUUUGGAGUUAAAAUACAAGCAGAAACCUGUAUUUCGUUCUCUGCUGAGAAAAGUGAAAGUGCUUCAAAUGUCAGAAGAGCUACUGAGGCCUUUUCUGAGCUUUACCUGUCUAACGCAAAUAAAACCAAAUCUAUUCCAAUUCCUCAAGCACACAUGGAGUCCGAAAUUAUGAAGGAAGUGCUGCAGAAUAUUCCAAAUGAUCAGACCAAGAUCAUGCUAAGCAUGUCAGCAAAUAACCACCUGCUGUUUGGGCCACAAGACAUUAUAUCCACGGUGGCAAAUCGGUUAAAUCUGGAUGGAGGUGAUGCAUCAUCAUUUAACCUCAAUAAGUCACAUAACAUGAAGACAUCUAGCAUCUGGAAUGAAACCUGGAAGACCUCCCAGAGCCUCGACAUGGACAUCAAGGACAUUCACACUCAGAUUGAGAUGGAUGAGGUACACUGGCAGCUGAUGGAAGCUGCAUGUAAGGAACAGAUUAGUGAGAUCCAAAAUAAAUAUGGAGUUGCGUUUCAUGCUGAACCUGUCCUUGGCUCGGUCAAGGUGUCAGCACGCUCUGUAGGAACUCAUCAGUUUAAUCUUGAAGCUCACGCCCUCAAUGCCUUAACUCAUCUCUACCAAAAGGUAGUCACCUCAGCGGUCACCUGUGAACUUAAAGAUGCUUCCCACACUGAAGUAGUGUCCCAGGUAUUUAAGAGUAUUCAAUCUCAAGGCACUUGUGUUGGAGAAGGAACAAGAAAUGGAAGCUGGACACUUUUUGGACUUCCAAAACAUCUCGUUACUGCCAUAGGUGAAAUCGAGAAGACUCUUGGGCAGCCUGUAUUCGAUGAGAAGAUAACGAAAUUGCUCAGAUACCCGUGGAAAUUUCCACAGGCAAGUCAGAAGGAUCAAAUGGAGACUGAUGGGAUUGGAGGGGCGUAUGGAACUGGCCUGAGAGGUGGCAGAGACAAUCCUGAUUUCACCCAAAAGUUUCCAAAUAAAACAAAAGAAGAUGAUAAAAAGGAAGAAAAUGAUGAUACAUGUCCAAUUUGCUUGGAUACGUUUACUCAAAAGACAAAACUAAAAUGUGGUCAUGAGUUCUGCAAAGACUGUCUACGACAAUCAAUACAGAGCAGCGGAGAAAUCUGUCCUUUGUGUAAGAAAAUCUUUGGGAAAUUAAAAGGAACGCAGCCUGCUGGACACAUGACUUGGCGAAUCCUAAAGCAUUUUCCUCUCCCUGGCUUUCCAUAUUGUGACACAAUCGAGAUUCAUUACAACAUACCAAAUGGCAUUCAGACGUCGGAUCAUCCAAACCCUGGACAACCUUACCACGGAACUAAUCGCACCGCAUACCUACCAAACAAUGCUGAAGGAAAUCAUGUGCUCAAGCUGCUGGAAAGAGCUUUUAAUGAGAAACUCAUCUUUACUGUUGGAUUAUCCACAACAUCUGGUAGAGAUAAUGCAGUGAUCUGGAACGACAUUCAUCACAAGACGAAUAGAGACGGUGGGCAACAGGGUUAUGGAUAUCCAGAUCCUGAUUACUUAAGGAGGGUAAAAGAAGAGCUGAAGGCCAAAGGCAUUGAGUGAAUAUUAAAAAUACAGAAUUCUGAUAUCAUGUUGUAUUUAUAGCUGAAAUGCUUUUUAAAAGUUUUAAUAAUACUAUUAAAAAAACAACAACCAAAAACACAAAAAAGUGUAAGUCUGAAAUGAAGGUUAGCUUUGGUUCGGUUUGCUGUGUAACACGCCUACUGUAGAUCAUUACUCAGGUGAUGGAUUUACUUUAGUAUUCUGAUUGGUAGAUUUCAUGGAUUUCUUGUUUUCUCUUAAUUCUGUUUUUGUUCUUUAACAGAAAUGUUAAUGCAACUUUAUAGAAAUAGCUACAUUAAGUUUAGCACCUUCAGAUUAUCUGUGUGAUUUGAUGCUGAAAUGGUUUUAUGUAAUGCUGGAAAUAAAUCAAGCGUCAUAUAAAAAUGG